AUGUCGGAUCAUUCAAAUCCAACCCCAAAUACUGAUAAUAACGCAAAUAAUAGGAGUGGGAGUUGUAACGAUAAUGUUUCGAUAAAUACAGCAAAUACAGCAGUAAGUGAGACAGAUAAGGGGGAAAUAAAUUUGGUGGAUACUUUAUUGGCGGCAAAUUCAAGUUCCAAUGAUUCACCAGUUACGUUAAAGGGACAAUUGAAGGAACUGAUUCGUCAAUCGAUGGUGGACAAUCCAUAUUUUGCAGCAGGUGGUGGUUUGAUGAUUCUCGGUUCUGGUCUGGCUCUAGCACGUACCGGGAUGAUUCGAUUAAGUAGACUCCUUUAUAAACAGAUGAUUGUGGAUCUAGAGGUUCAAUCUAAGGACAAAUCAUACUCCUGGUUUCUAACAUGGAUGGGUAGAUAUCCGUACCGUGUCUCCAAACAUCUAUCAGUUAGAACAAAUUAUAUUCAGCAUGAUAACGGUUCGAUAAGUACCAAAUUUUCACUUGUGCCUGGUAUAGGGAACCAUUGGCUAUUUUAUAAAGGGGCGAUUAUAUCUAUAAAAAGGGAGAGAUCUGGUAGGAUGCUCGACAUAGUAAAUAGUAGUCCUUAUGAGACAGUUAAAUUAACUACACUGUAUAAGGACAGGUAUAUCUUCAAUGAGAUAUUGGAGGAAGCGAAGACCAUAGCCAUGAAAAGCAAUGAGGGGAAGACAGUCAUAUAUACAUCAUUUGGGCCGGAAUGGAGGAAGUUUGGACAACCUAAGGCCAAGAGAGCGUUGCCUUCGGUGGUUCUCGAUCAGGGGAUCAAAGAGAUGAUACUUGAGGAUGUGAAGGAUUUUAUGCGAAAUGGUGGAUGGUAUUCAGACCGUGGGAUACCGUAUCGCCGCGGUUAUUUGUUGUACGGACCUCCAGGUUCCGGUAAAACAAGUUUUAUUCAGGCACUUGCCGGUGAAUUGGACUAUAAUAUUUGUAUACUGAAUCUUUCUGAACAAAACUUGACAGAUGACAGAUUGAAUCAUUUGAUGAAUAAUAUGCCGGAGAGAAGUAUUUUACUGCUAGAAGAUAUAGAUGCUGCAUUCAACAGUAGAAAGACUACGAUAGGACAGAACCAAGCAAAAAAUGGGAUACUGAAUACUACGUCUGGAUUCCCAACACGAUCUAUAUAUAAUACGAGCGUGACAUUUAGUGGAUUAUUGAAUGCGCUUGACGGUGUGACGUCAAGUGAGGAAACUAUCACAUUUAUGACCACAAACCACCCAGAGAAGUUGGACCCGGCUAUAAUGAGACCAGGUCGUGUGGAUUUCAAAGUUUUUAUUGGAAAUGCUACGCCGUAUCAAGCAGAGAAAAUGUUCAUGAAAUUUUAUCCGGGUGAAACAGAUACAUGUAAGAAAUUUGUCGAUAGAUUCCGUUCUUUGGUUGUGCCAGUUAGCACUGCACAAUUGCAAGGUCUAUUCAUUAUGAAUAAAGACAAACCAUUGGAUGCCUUAGAAAAUAUUACGACAUUGAUAGAAACACAACAAUACGACUACAAUGGUUCGACUUGA